AUGUCAGAAGCCACUCCCUCCCCCGCGCAAGGCGUUGGCCCCAUCUACAGGCCCGAUGGCGAAAAGCCCACAGCGACAGUAUCUAAAGACAUAUCGUACGAGAAUGUCCACGUUUUACCUCAGUCCCCUCAGCUGAUCGCUCUUUUGACCAUGAUCAGAGAUAGAAGGACUAGCCGUGCCGAUUUCAUCUUCUACUCAAACAGGAUCAUACGCCUCCUGGUGGAGGAGGGGCUCAAUCACCUGCCAGUGGUUGAACAAUCGGUCACGACGCCUGUAGGUCGCGUCUAUCUCGGAGUCCGGUUCGAAGGGAAAAUAUGCGGCGUUUCCAUCAUGAGAGCAGGAGAGGCGAUGGAGCAGGGUUUGAGAGAUUGUUGUCGUUCUGUCCGAAUCGGAAAAAUCCUUAUACAGAGGGACGAGGAAACUUGCAAGCCAAAACUGUUCUAUGAAAAGCUCCCUGGUGACAUCGCAAAUCGAUGGGUGCUUCUUCUUGAUCCUAUGUUUGCAACAGGGGGCUCUGCAACCCUUGCCGUUGAGGUCUUGAAAGCAAAGGGGGUCCCGGAGGACCGCAUUUUGUUUCUUAACCUUAUCGCAAGCCCUUCAGGCGUUGCAGAUUUUGCUGAACGCUUUCCAAAACUCAGAGUAGUGACUGCUUUCAUAGAUCAAGGCCUAGAUGACAAAAAAUACAUCAUACCAGGGCUUGGUGACUUCGGCGACCGCUAUUACACGCUGUAG